AUGGGGAUAAUCCGGAGCUGCUUCUCGUUCAUGGUUGGUACGACUUUUGGCGUUUACUUGGCACAGAACUAUAACGUUCCCAACAUUCGGAAGCUCACCAAUACCAGCGUCGUCGUUGCCAAACACAUCGAGGAGAACUAUCGCAAACCCAAAAAGGACGACUCUGAAUGA